AUGUCAAAUUUGCACCACAAUAGAUUUAUUCGUUAUCGUUUCUUAUUAUCACAACUGCAUGCUUAUUCUUAUCGAAUUUAUGAUGAUCAACUUCAAAGUGUUAGCUGCACAGUUCUGUCAUAUUCACCACGAAAAUCGUCAUGCAAAUGUGAACGAAAUCAUCAGUUAUUAUCAGCACUGAGUACGUAUUAUCUUAUCAACGAACAUCACAAAAAGAAUUACGCAUACUAUCCAGAAUUAAACGAAGUACAACUUAAUACCAUUUACAACAUUCACAAUAAAUUUAAAUACACAGUAUGUACGACCACAUCACUUAGUCAAUCAUUAGAGGGACGAGCAACGAGAACUACAACUACGGAGUCCAGUCAUGAAUCAUGUGUACGUAAAUAACCCGAAAAUGAUUAAAAAA